AGAGCCAAGUUUAUUAUGAGACUAUAUGCUCUAGAGACCUCAGACAAGGCAUCUCAUAGGAGGCUUUUUCAUAAAACUAGGCUCUGCUGGUAGUAAGGAGGCCAGUUUGGAGGCAGGCGUUGAGCUGUGCACAUCUCCCCACUCCAGCCACCUUCUCCAUAUCCAUCUUUGAUUUCAUUUUUCCACUUGGCUGAGCCAUCCAGAACCUUUUCAAUGUAUAAAAUGGAAUAUUCUUACCUCAAUUCCUCUGCCUACGAGUCCUGUAUGGCUGGGAUGGACACCUCGAGCCUGGCUUCAGCCUAUGCUGACUUCAGUUCCUGCAGCCAGGCCAGUGGCUUCCAGUAUAACCCGAUCAGGACCACUUUUGGGGCCACGUCCGGCUGCCCGUCCCUCACGCCGGGAUCCUGCAGCCUGGGCACCCUCAGGGACCACCAGAGCAGUCCCUACGCCGCAGUUCCUUACAAACUCUUCACCGACCACGGCGGCCUCAACGAGAAGCGCAAGCAGAGGCGCAUUCGCACCACGUUCACGAGCGCGCAGCUCAAGGAGCUGGAGAGGGUCUUCGCCGAGACCCACUACCCGGACAUCUACACUCGGGAGGAGCUGGCCCUGAAGAUCGACCUCACCGAGGCCAGAGUCCAGGUGUGGUUCCAGAAUCGCCGCGCCAAGUUUCGCAAGCAGGAGCGCGCCGCCGCCGCCGCCGCCGCCGCGGCCAAGAACGGCUCCUCGGGCAAGAAGUCCGACUCGUCUCGGGACGACGAGAGCAAAGAAGCCAAAAGCACCGACCCAGAUAGCACGGGGGGCCCGGGUCCCAAUCCCAACCCGGCGCCCAGCUGCGGGGCGAGCGGCGGCGGCGGCGGGGGGCCCAGCCCCGCGGGAGCUCCGGGGGCUGCGGGGCCCGGGGGCCCGGGAGGCGAACCCGGCAAGGGCGGUGCGGCGGCCGCGGCGGCGGCGGCGGCGGCCGCGGCGGCGGCGGCGGCGGCGGCUGCAGCCGGAGGUCUAGCUGCGGCUGGGGGUCCUGGACAAGGCUGGGCUCCCGGCCCCGGCCCCAUCACCUCCAUCCCCGACUCUCUCGGGGGCCCUUUCGCCAGCGUGCUAUCUUCGCUCCAAAGACCCAACGGUGCCAAAGCCGCCUUAGUGAAGAGCAGUAUGUUCUGAACUGCGGUCCUGCGGCGGCGGCGGCGGCGCGCGAGCCGGGCCGGGCGGGCGAGUGGGCGAGCGGGUGGACCCAAGGCUAUUGUCGUCGCUGCUGCUUGGGCUUCUUCAUCGAGGGCCUGAAAAGGAUCGUGAUACGAAUAACGGGAAAAUAACGUCGCCCCCAUUUCAACCCCACUCCUACCCUUUUCUUCACCCACCCAACAAAACAAAACAAAACAAACAAAAACUUCUUCCCUGGUUUCGAACCUGCCUGGGGCCCUGUGGCCCGGACUUCACCUGCUGCCGGGGGACGGGGUGAGCAGCUCGGCCUGAACUCGGGGCCACUCUCAGGGGGCUGUGUCUGCGUGCCGGGUGUGUGUUUGUCUCGGGGAAUGUGUGUGGCUCUAGCAGGUGACAAAGAGAUCUGGGCGGGCCACGACUAACUCAGUGACUUGCUUA